GAGGUGCCCGGCGGUGCCCGCACCUUGCUGUGGAAGUAGAAGAUGGCUCAACACUUGAAAAAGUCCUUCAAAGACAGUCUGGAUGAUAUAAAAGAACGAAUGAAAGAGAAAAGAAAUCAGAAAUUGACAAAGUUGGGUAAAACUAGCCAGAUCUCCACUGUAAAGUGCAAAAUAACAACCAGCAGAUCCAUGCAAAUGAAGAGCAUACAAGCAAACAACAAAGCUCUGGCUCGGGCUCUGCAAGAAGAAAAGCUCAAACUGAUGGAUGCUGAGGCUACCAUUCUUCAAUUAAGGAAAGAAUAUCAUGAUCUGAAAGUUCAGAUGUUUGACUUGCAAAGAAAUCUUAGGUUGAAGCAAGCACAAGGACUUGUUGAGAAUCGACUAUCACCCUUGAAUAAGAUAAUUUCAAAAGUUUCUCAGAAUUUACUGAACUCAGUUGAUCUCAUUUGCCCAGCAGAGAAUUUGUGUUCCAUAGGCACGAAUCAGAGAGUGCUUGCUUCAGUUCUUGGAAAUUGUUCCAGUGUCACAGGACAAAUGUGUUCAGUAAAAACACUUCUACAGGGUGCUGAUGGAGAUGAUCGAGUACUUCCAAGUGGGAUGGAGGCUGAUAAUGAUAGAAAUGAACGGGGUCGUUCUGUGUCAGAGAUCUGUGAGGAAUCUGACAGUGCCAUUUCCUUAAUCGGAAUAGUUCCAGGCAAAGGACGAACAUCUGAUUUUCAUCUGGACAACAUAGGGUCGGAGCUGGAAAAUGUUCCUUCAAGCGAGGAGGCUGGAUUUGAUAAUAAGUUACCGAAAAGGGUGCCCAUCAGGCAUUGCUACUCAAAGAUGAGAAACCGCAAUGAACUUUGCACUGGUGUCCUGGACAGUUCAGGAGCACCUGAUUCAACAAAAAAGUUUUCUGAACUGGAUGAAACUGGACUUGAGGAAAGUCUAGAGGAGCAUGUUGUGGAAAACAUAAAUUCGGAUAUUUCUCAGUUGAAUGAAAAUAAGCUAGGCUCAGAGCUGGUGUUGAGGCAGAUAAAUUCUGAAACUUCGCAGUUAAACUUCGACGGUAAUUCUGAUCUUAAACAGUGUGAGUUUAGAAGCAGAGAAGACUCUCCCAUAAGGAAAGAGAAGCGUCAGAAGAGAAAACUGGACUGGCCUAAAAAUACUUCCAGACGAAAAGAAAAAAAACGGCAGAGUAAAAAAGCUUCUAAAGAAAAUUUGGAUUUCUUGAGUGGCUCCAGUGAUGCUUAUGACUUUAAUUUUGAGGAGCGUGUCCAUCUCACGCCUUUUCGACAAAAUAAGGUGAAUGACAGAGAUGCUGGUGUGGCUGACAGAGGCAACUUAUCUGAAACUAAUACUACUGAGUCAAGUAGUAUUGAAGAAGAUCCAGAUGAUAGCCUCUAUGAGCCUUACAAUAGGAAAUCAAAAAAAGGGAAAAGUUCCGUGGACAAAGAUACAUCGCCAGUCCAUGUAAGGCCAAGGUCUAAGAGAUGUUUGGCACAGCGCGAGCAGAAAAUCCAUAAUGAAAAAGAAGCUGAAAGUAAUAAAUCAAGUGACAAGUCUAUCAGGCAGCCUUCUGAGCCAUCUCGUGGUCAUCUUUGUGAUGUUACCAACACCACUUCAAUGCUCCUCAGCACUGGGAAUGCAACUAUUGUCCCAGAAGGUGAAGGACGACAAUUUCCAAAACGCAAACGAAGCUGUACUGUUACUGUGAACUAUAAAGAACCAAGUAUUGCAGGGAAACUCAGGAGAGGAGAUCCAUUUACAGAUACAAAUUUUCUGGACUCUCCAAUUUUCAAGAAGAAAAAGAAUGCUAAAUGCCCAUCUCUUAAGAAAGCAUCUCUGUCAAAAUACAAUGAGAAAUUUGUUGGUUGUUAUUGAGAUUAGAAAAACCAUGCUCACUUUAUGAAGAAAGGAAAUAUUUCAUCUAGGAAAUUAUUGUAUAACAUCUUACACAAAUAUGCAAAUGCCUCUGUGUCUAACAUCAAGGGAUUUUCCUUUUCAGUGAUUUGUUUUUAAUGAUACAGAAUACAAAAGACUUAUAACUA